GCAGAGAGCAGGGAACGUCCGCUCAGGAGGAAGCCGAUAGGCGAAACGCGUUAGCGUGAUUACGCCCCUACGCUCUAACCGCGCAGAAGCGCCAAGCGUAUUUACGCCUGUGAUUUGGAGCAGCGCCGCUCGUGAUUUCUAAAAAAAACAGCACAAAGUUCCAAGGGACGCUGAGGAAACCCAAGUGCCAGAAGGACUUUACAAGGACAUUUCAAUGUGCUGUACCAGAGUGUGUUUUGGCGUAUUGGCACAGCAUGAAGGCUUGACACGAUCCAGAAGCAUAAGUAGACCAACUGCCAAAAAUAUCUAUCAACAAAGAAAAGAGUACGUACAAUCAUUAUCUACAGCUGUCACCAACUUUCAGCACCGAGUAGAGCACCUCUUGACAUGUGACCUGGAUAAUGAACGUCGCAAUGUAGAGGACUGUUUGAAACAUCUUAGUUUCCUUGAGGCACAAGGAAGAGUCUGGGGUCAAGGAUUGAUUCUACAGUUGGAUAAUGGAGAAAUAUUACUGAAGGACCCAGAAACCAAGGACAAUCUGGAGCAAGUGCCUCUGAAAAACGUUGAAAACUGCAGUUCUUUGUUAGGGGGUUCUACGUACAAUUCCCUUCUCACCAUUAAAGUUCAGAGUCAACAGAAAAAAAGCAUCUUCUUUUUCCAGUGUGAUGAACAGCCAGCUGAUGUCCUCCAUACAAACCUAGAAAAGGCAUUAAAGCAAUUCAGAUUAAACAUAGAAAGCAAAGAUACCAACAGGUAUAACUUGGAGAACUCCCAGCCUCAAAAUAGUUUUUUAGAACGGAGUCAAUCACCACAUUCUAGUGGAGACAGGCACAGUCCCAGAUUACAAAGGCAACACAUAUACCCCGUCGAUGAAUCCCCUAUACAGCAAAGGAGAUUUAAGCACCCUGAAGAAUUCCAUGCUCCUCCAAGAGCCAAGCCUCCCCUAUCCUUCCAACCAAGCCCUGUCAAUUCAGAGCCAGAGCCAGAACAUGAUAUUGAAGUUUUGAAUCAUGUCCUUUGUGAUAUUGAGUUAUUUGUUGGAAAACUGAAUAUUGAUAAGAAGAAAAAGAAAGCAACGUUUCCUGAUUCAGAAUUUGUAGACUGUCUGCAGAAAGUCAAAUAUGCCUUUAUUUUGUUGGGGAAUGUCCAUAAACGAAUGCAGCAACCAAGUGCACCUGAUCUCAUCCAUUUGGUGAUGGAUACUCUGGCCAAGAUUGUAGGCAAAUGUCCACGAAAAGACUUGCCACCAUCUGUGGUAUCUCCACUACUUACUGAGAAGGCACUGAUGCUUCUGAGUUCUUGUGUGACAGACAAAGAAAAAAAAUUCUGGGAAAGCUUGGGGGUUGCCUGGAUGAAGACCAGAGCUGAAUGGCCAAAUGGAAAGAAUAUUCCUCAAUAUGUUCCAACUUUUUCUGAUGGGUGGGUCAUCCCUGACAUCCCUUUUAGUGAUGUUUCAUCCCAGAAGUCACGUAGUCCAGAGACACCAUUACGCAACAGGCAAUUUCAGCCACUCCUUAAGAACGUCCUUCAUGACUUUGAAGCAAGAAAUAAUCGAGAACUGUCAGUAAGAAAAGGCAAUAUUGUGAAGGUUUUGGACCAGAGCCGGCAGUGGUGGAUGGUGCAGAAUUCUCAGGGCCAGCAGGGAUUUGUUCCAAACAACAUCCUGGAGAAUACAGAUGAUGAUCAGGCUCCUAUAAAUUCAGUGGUACUUAAUCCAGGCUCUCGUCCAGAAGAGGUGAAAGUGUGGCUUCAACAAAAAGGCUUCUCCAAUAUCACUGUGAGAUGUCUUGGAGUUCUUCGAGGAGAUCAGCUUUUGGAGCUAAGUCGUGAUGACCUGAAGGCUGUGUGUCCUGAGGAAGGGGGGCGUGUGCAUUUGCAGUUGAGAACAGUGGGAGCAUCUCUUGGGACAUGAAAACACUUUGGAACUGUUAAGAAGUUACAAUAUAUUUUCAUACUUGGUCUGCAAGGACCUCCAAGAGGAUCUAUGUGGAGUGAAGCUGUACCUUCUUGUGUCAAAAAUAAUUUUAGACUGAUCCUUGAACUUCAAACUAAAUUUUCUCAAUAAACUAUGGAAAACUGUACCCUUUUCCAAACACCAUAAAUAUCAUCAAAAUGCAAUUAUUUUCUACUCUGUAUGUUUAUAUAUACAGUAAAAUAUCCAUAAUUGGCCUUUAAAGGCCCUCUAAACUUAGCUAUAAUUUCCCAGUAUUUUCCCCUCUAACUGUAUGUACACUAUUAAUUCUCAGUUGUCAAUAAAUACAGUAUUUUUUGCAUCUAA